GAUCUGAUCAAGGUCACACUGUGAGAAGCAGUAAACCAAGAUUCUGUUUUUUUUUUUUCAUUAAACGAGGGCAAAUUCCUUUCGGUUGGAAGGAUGAGGCUUUGUUAAACUAAGGUCCUCACUGUGGCGAAAUGGUGCUGUAAAUUUGUAUCAACUUUGUCAAAUCUUACACAUUGGUGCACGGAGGUUUGCCUGUAAAGCUGUUUUACUAGACAUUUUAACCUAUAGUAUCCCAAGUCAAAGGGCAUAUUUUGCAUAAGACUCGGGUCAUUUUAAAUUUAAUCUUAAAACCCAAGUGAAGUCAACUCCUUCGGAGGCCUUUUCACGCUUGCAUAAAUUCAAUUCAUAACUUACACGUAUGUAUCAUCGUGUAGGUCAGAAAUAUAACACUGCAUUUAUAUAUUGGACUAAACCGCUAUCAAGUAACGGGAGGAAAUCAGUAGCGACACCGCGGAACGAUAAGCUUUUUUGUUGUUUCCGGACGGAACAGUAACGGGGACGGACACCGGAAGUCCUGCCGCAAUUUCGACGAAGAAAACAUUACAACCGGAGUUUCUUCUCAACACUAGCGACGGGAAAACCCCACUCAAUUGAGCGAACAUGCCGAAAGUCGUGUCCAGAAGUGUCGUCUGCUCGGACACCAGAGACCGAGAGGAGUACGACGACGGAGAAAAGCCCCUCCACGUCUACUACUGCCUGUGCGGGCAGAUGGUGCUGGUGCUGGACUGCCAGCUGGAGAAGCUGCCCAUGAGGCCCCGGGACCGAGCCAGGGUGAUCGACGCGGGCAAACACGCCCACAAGUUCUGCAACGUGGAGCAGGACGAAAGCGCGUACCUCAAGCGGGCCGAGGGCAUCGAGAGGCAGUACCGCAAGAAGUGCGGCAAGUGCGGCCUGCUGCUCUUCUACCAGCACCAGGCGAAGAACAGCCCGGCCACUUUCAUCGUGGACGCGGCCGUGGUCAAGUUCGGGCAGGGCUUCGGCAACACCAGCGUGUACAGCCAGAAGCAGCCGGAGGCCCCCAAGAAAGUGCGGGUGAUGAUGACCAAGCGGACCAAGGACAUGGGCAAGUUCAGCUCCGUCACUGUGUCCACCAUCGACGAGGAGGAGGAGGAGAUCGAGGCCAGGGAGGUGGCGGACUCGUACGCCCAAAACGCCAAGGUGAUCGAGAAGCAGCUGGAGAGGAAGGGCAUGAGCAAGAGGAGGCUGCAGGAGCUGGCCGAGCUGGAGGCCAAGAAGGCGAAGAUGAAGGGCACCCUGAUAGAUAAUCAGUUCAAGUAGAGGAGGCUCAGCAGAGGAGGAGGAGGAGGAGGAGGGGGGGGGGGGACACAGAGUUGUCCUCUGGAGACCGGCGUCCACAGUGGAUAUGAUCUGUUAAGUGCCGGCUGGGAGUUUGUCAGCCAGAACUGCAGUUCAUGGACAGGACAAUAUUUGGACAUUUUUAAUCUGGGACUGUUGAUGUGGUUUCAAAUGUUAUUUUGUACAAAAAUUAAAAGACCAGAUUAAACCGUUUGGAAUUGUUCAAG